GCGGUUCAUGGUCGCCGCCGCCGCCAGCGGGCACGGAGCCCGGGGACGGGGAGCGGGACGGCGGGACCGACCCACGGACAGGGUGAUCUUCAUAGAAACUCCUAAAGAACUCAAAAUAAGUGCAAUAAGUUGUUCUGAGAAAGUAAAAUGGAUCCUUGUUCAGUAGGAGUUCAGCUUCAAGCUACCAAUGAGUGCCAUAAGACCUACUACACCCGUCACACUGGCUUCAAGACUAAACAAGAUGUAUCUUCAUCUGACCUGCUCUUGCUUCAGCUUAGGACUGGAAUAACCCUCUCAGAGAACAACACGAUCUGCUUCCACCAUGCGAAAAUUUACAUCGAGAGAUUCGAAGACUUACAGAAAUCGUGUUGUGACCCCUUCAACAUACACAGAAAACUGUCCAAGAAAAACUUACGAGCCAUCGAUAUGGAUGAUGCAGCUUUUCUCAGUGCCAAGUUUGGGAGGCAGUUUGUACCUGGUUGGAAGUUGUGUCCCAAAUGUAUGCAGAUAAUAAAUGGAAGUGUGGAUGUUGAACCCGAAGAGCGACAAAGAAGAAAGCUUGAUCCGGACGGACGUACAGCCAAGGCUUUAAAGUCUCUGCAGUUUGCUAAUCCAGGGCGACAGACUGAGUUCACUCCUGAGACCAGUAAGAGGGAAAAAAGAAGGCUGCAAUCAAAAAUUGCAGCAUUCAAUUCAGACAGGCAAGUUAUACCAGCCAAGAGCAAAGUCUACGACAGCCAGGGGCUGCUGCUUUACAGUGGGAUGGACCUCUGUGACUGCCUGGACGAAGAUUGCCUGGGAUGUUUCUAUACUUGUCCCAAGUGCGGCUCCAACAAGUGUGGGGCGGAAUGUCGCUGUGACCGCAAGUGGCUCUACGAGCAGAUUGAGAUAGAAGGAGGGGAAAUAAUCAGAAAUAAGCAUGUUGGUUAGUGCACGUGUGCAUUAUUUAA